AUGUCCCGUACUGCGCUUCUCAUUCUUAUGGCCACGCUCCUCGUGGCCAUGGCCUCUUGGGCGGACGCACAGGAUGUGCCGCGGACGUAUUUGGCGGUAACGAAAAUGACGCCCAUCCAUGCAAGCCGCCCUGCCGGGGCGGGGGUCACCCCGCGCGUUGCGUACGACGACAACUACAUCUACAUCGCCUCACGUGACGAGGGCAAUGGAGGUCGCCUCCUUGUCACUCGCUGCUCUUUUGAAGGAACUGCAUGUUCCUACAUCGACGUGUCCGAAGCGGCUGGCCAGGGCGACGACUCGAUUCAGCUGCCUUUUCUUCUCGUCACCAACAACACGCUCUACGUGGCAGGCUCGAAUCCAGCUGCCGCUCACAAGCCCGCCAUGUACCUUUGCAAGCUGCCGGCAGUUUCGCCGUGCCAGUACAUUGACUUGGAUCCAACCAGCUCAAGCGUGGUCGUCACCGAAGCCCACAUCACUAGCAACUCCAACUCGUUCAAGUUCUUUGUCUGCGAGGCCGAUGGCUCGUCGUGCCUGGUCAGGCGUGACAACUCGUUCUUUACUACCCACCGCAAUGCCAUGUACACCCCAGUCAUGAUCUCGCUCAACACCACCGAGUUGGGCGAAGUGCUACAGAUCCGUGGCGAAGACCGGUCCCACUGGAGAGGUGGAAUCCGGUAUGUGGUCGUCAAUCCGACGACGUACACAACACCAACGGGUACCUCAUACGUGAGCAACCUUCUGCGAGCGACGCAUCCAAGCUCAAUCUCGGUCACCGAGGUUCCUGAACGCGACGAGGCAUGGAUCGCGUACACCGGCAACGACAACAGCUACAAUUCCAAGCCUGUCAGUCACCUCAACAAUCUCCUCGGCAUCACACGAUGCACCCCCUCUACGUCCACCCUGAGCUGCAAUUCGGGCGGCUACAUCGACAUCGAUGCAGGCCACAACUACGGCGACACCGGGCUCAGCCCGUCCAUGAUGUUUGAUGACGCUGGCGACAACAUGUUUGCCGUCAGCCGCAAUGCCGGCGCUGGCGAUCGGCUCUUCCUCUGGUCGGCAACCUCGGAGUACGGUCAGGCUCUCGGCGAGGAUCUUUCCGAGGCCGUUGGACGUGGCAAUGGGACUGUCUCUUCGGCCCAUGCCAUCAUGGACACCACCCGCCGGUACAUCUACUCGGUAGCGGAGAACCCCUCGAAUGGCAAUCGCACCGACCUGUUCAUCACCGGGCGGAUCCCGAUCAUUAUUCCGUUCUUUGGCGAGUGCAUCGCCGGCUGCGUGCUCGGCAGCGGCGGUGGCGCCGUCAACAUCUCGGUCCAAGACUUUGUCCUCUCCGCCAACACCAUCACGGUCAACGGCGUGGCGCCGUCGACGCUCAACAUCUCCGUCAGCCUCGGUAGCACCGAGGUUGAGGUCUCGCCCUUUGCCUCGCGCCGCCGCAGGCUCCUCACUCGCAUCUCCACCCUCGAUCUUGUCUUCCCGCCUGGCCAGGAGUACGGCUUUCCGGUCAUCACCGCCACCAACACUCGGACCGGCGACGUCCAGACGCUCACAGGCCUCGUUGCCAUCGAUCCAGGUGUUGAUGCGGGCUGCGGCGCCAUCGGCCAGUGGUACUCGGGCGGAGUGUGUCUGCCGUGCCCGACCGGAGGAGUGUGCCCCGGCGGCAGCCGGGUCUGGCCGCGCGACGGCUACUGGUCGGCGUCGGAGCUCGAGGCGCCCGUCAAAUGCACCAGCAAGGCAUGCUGCGGCGCGAUGGGCACCCGCGACGAGUGCCCUGCCCGCGAGCUGGCCUCGGGGCGACGCGAUACUGCGCGAUGUGCACCCGGCUCCGGACGCACUGGUCCGUUGUGUGAGGAGUGUGUCUCUCCGGGCUGGUACCGCGACGCCGGCACCUGCCGCCGCUGCGACUCACAGGAUCGCUCCGCGUUUGCCGGCUAUGUCACGGCCGCGGUCAUCAUUGUCCUCGUCGUCUCACUUGCCGUUGCCGUUCUGCCCGGCAUCAUGCUCGCCCGCAUCGUCGCCCUCGUUGUCGCCACGCAGCAGUUUGUGGCGGUCGGGCGGACGGCGUCGGCGCGGCUGACCGGCGACUCGGGCACCUCGAUCGCUGACGUCUUCCGUGUCCUCUCGGUCGUUCUCUUUGACAUCGAAAUGAUCCAGCCGGCGUGCUACGUCGACUCAACCAUCGACUUUGGCGACAUUGUCCUCGGCAUGUUGGCUCUCCUCGCCAUCGCCCUCACCUGCGUCACCAUCGCCUCGCUCGUCUUUGCUGCCUGCGGUCAUUCGGUCGCCGCCCGUCUGCGGCGGCAGCCGACCAACAACGAUGGCGAUGACAAUGACGAUGACAAGGCUGCAACACCAAGCGCGGGCACCAGCUCGGACAUCGAGCUCAUCUCGGACGCUGCUGCCGACUCGGAGUACUCGGAGGAGCAGGAGGCAUCGUCCAGCACCGAGAGCCACGACGAGAGUUGGGACGACUCGUUUGCGAGCGCGUCGAAGCCAGUCACAACUGCCAACAUUGGCCAGCGAAUCUGGCAGCGGACGUCGAUGGCGAUCAUGGUCCUCGCGUUUCUGGUUUACUACCAGGUUGCGCUGCGGGCGUGCCAGGCUGUGGCGUGCCAGGAGGAGACAACCGACGCGGCGUCACCUGAGAAGCGGCUCAUCAUCGAGCUGAGCACGGUGUGCUACGAGGGUUCACACACUACUACCGCCGGCAUCGGCUGGGCGCUGCUCAUUGUUUUUGUGGCCGGCCUCCCUCUCAUCGCGUUCAUCGCCCUCACCCGCGAGUACCUUCGCGGGAGCAUCAACUCGCUCGACAAUGGCGGCCUCUGGCUGGUGGCAUCGGCAUCGGCGGGUGACACGAAGCUCUUUGUCUCGGGCCUGAUCUUCUGCAUCAACAUGGUCCUCGUCGGCAGCCUGCUUCCGUUCAAGACCUUGCUCUCCAACCUCGUCCCCAUCAUCGCUGGCCUCGCCGCGGCCAUCCAGAUGGCUGUCUUCCUCUCGGUCACCGACAAUGCCGACCACGCCCUCCUCCAUGCCCUCAUCGCCAUCAUUUCCAUCUCGGUCGUCGUCGUCGCCGCCGCAUUCGCCGCCCGUCGCGCGAAGGGGAACUCGGCCAGCGCCGAUGCCGACGGCAAGUCUCUCUCUACCGAUGACGACUACACAAUGGCCACUGCAUCAUCGGCGGCCUCGUCUCUCUCGUCGGCUGUCUCAUCGAUCAGCUCGUAG